ACGUACAGAACUGUUAAGUAACUUUAUGUUUAAUUGCCUGCUCUGAAUAUGUGCAUAAAAAUAGAUGUAAAUUCACAAAGUAUUUUCAUCUGCACAUUUACAGCAGGAAAUUGAAUAUAAAGUUACUCCUCAGAUCUUCACUUUUCAAUAUACUUUUAAAGAAAAACAAAGCGUAAAACAAAAUAUGUUGUAUAAUUCAUUGAACAAUCAAAGCAUUCUAAUUAACUUUCACAUCGACGAUGGUUUUCAAUCAAAUUUUUGAUUCAAUUGAUUUCUAUUUCAGAGUACCAUUGAUUUACAUGUCGUGUAAAUUUCAUUAUUUUUUUCUGUGUGUGUUGCUAGUGUCGUUAUGCUACAAUUAUGUCCAUGUAAUAUGAAUCGAAUUCGAUUGGAUAUUAACCCAACUGCCGUCGACACCGGAAUUCAGAAUCCGUUUCGAAGUGAGGAAAGAAACGCUUCACAAAAUGAGCUCACCGUUGCUUCCUGCGUUGGUGGUGGUUGUGAUUAUUUUCGGAAUGGCGAAAGCCCGCUGCAAGCAUUGUCCGAACGAAUACAAACCCGUUUGCGGAUCCGAUGGAUACACUUACGCAAACGCUUGCACCCUCAAGUGUUGGGCCAAGCAAAUUCCGUGUCUGGAAAUUGCCACAUUCGACGAACUCUGCCAGUACCUUCAUGUUGAAAGGAUGUGGUCGCAAAACUGUUCAAACAUGAAAUUCCUGUUUCUAUUGCUCGUGGCCGCAAUGAUCUUCUUCGGAAUGGCAAAAGCACAGUGCGAGCAUUGUCCUCCGGAUCGUAAACCGGCUUGCGGAAGCAACGGCCACAGAUACGACAACGCAUGCUAUCUGCAGUGUGCGGCCAAAGAAGUUCCGGGACUGGAGAUGGCCGAUGAUGAAGUUUGUGCCGAUGAGUCGCUACCGGAAGGAGAGGAGGGCGUGAAACUGUUCAAAAUGAAAUUCUGGUUGCUAACAACUCUGGUGAUUAUGGCCAGUCUCGGAACGUCCAAAGGAGACUGCGAUCACUGUGUGAUGAUAUUCGUCCCCGUUUGUGGAUCCGAUGGACAAAACUACGAUAACGAAUGCUUUCUGAAGUGCUGGGCUCUCGAAACUCCGGGCUUGCACAUUGUAGAUGACGCAAUUUGCAACGGUCCAGAGAUGGGGUGAACGAAGCAUAUUUCUUCAAAAACGUGUAAUAAAACAAGUUUAUACUCAAUCUUUGAAACCAGUAGUGUUUUCUUUGGAAUCCUUUAUUAAUUAUUCAUUAAACAGAUAUGUUUAAUGUUUUGUUUUUUUUAUUGCAUUCGAUUUCAAGCCAUGUUAUUUUCAAAUCACCCUCUUUCACAUGUUCUUCAGUAUAAGGUUGUGUAAAACAUGAUGCUCCGUUUAUGUACAUUUUAAAGGAUGUACAAUCAUGAAAUUUUUUGAACUGUGUGGAAACAGUACCCAAAAAUGCUGGUGAUACCGAGGUACGCCGAGAUGGAAGACGAUUCUUUCAGCUUUGAGGACACCAAGCAGUUUCCGGGACAGGCUGGUCACGCUUAGCCCAUGGGGCUGUCUCUUGUAGUUUUUUUUAUGUCGCUCGUAGAAUCUUCUGUUCAGAUUUUUUGGACAUACUUAUUGACAAACAAAAUAUCUAGUAUUUAUUGAUUUCUUAUAUACAUAAUUGAAUGAAGUGGUGGAGUACUUGUUAUGCAAAGUGUAAUACUAAAUUUAAUUUAAAAAAUAAGAACUCUGAAUUGCUUUAAAGGAGGCACUCUACAGAAGCCAUAGUUUUAAUAAGUGUUUUAAUCGAUAGAUUUAUAUUAUUGCAAAGUUUCAACGACUAAUUUUUCAAGGUUUCAAUGACGAAUAUCGAAGAUAUAGUAGCAAUCUAAUAUGCAUGAUAAUUUAUUUAAAAUAUUUAGUUUUUUUUAAUAAUAGCAACUAGAAAGAAAAUGGUUUUGGUUGUUUAUAUUUUUGUUUGUUUAUAUGUCACUAAAUAUUCAACAUUUUUAAAGUAUCUGAGGUUCGCGCAUUUAAGAUAAGGCUUUUGAUCAAUUUUGAUUAGCACUUGGAUGUAUCAGAGUUCAACUUUGGACGAUAUCAUGUGAAAGGGAAGACGACUUUUUCAAACUUAGCCUUAGGAGAUAUAUAAUAUGUCUGAAAAUUUGAUUAUUUAUGUUUAUAAAUACUGUUGUUCAUGUUCUCAAACGUAUGUCUACAGAUAUUCUGAAUGGAAAUUUCCUGUUUUGUUUCUGUUUCUGUGCAAUAAAAUAAAGAAAAUAAACCAUUUUCAACAGUUUCAUAGAAUGCUCCGCUUAAAAAAUGAGUCGAAAACUGAUUUGACAAUCAGUUCGAAAUUUCAGGAACAUAAUAAAAAUGCUCCGACUCCGACUCCGUUUAACAUUUAUUUUGUUACAAAAAAUAAACCGAAACAUUCACGAUUGCAUUUCACUACACUCACCGGCGAAGACCAUCCCAAGGUAGUCAACUGUAAGAGCCCUGCACAUGAGCAAGCACACGUUGUUGUACGUUCGCCCAUCGGUUCCACAAACCGGGUGGAAAUUGUCAUCGCAUUCACAGCUUGCUUCGAUCAUUCCAAUCACUAUCGUAACUGCCACCAAUAAGAUUAAGCAGAUCUUCAUUUCAAUUUUUCUUCUGAAAUUUGUGUCGUGUCAAGUUGUAACGAUCGUGUUCAUUUAUAUUUAGCCGAGUAACCGGAUCAAGCUUGCUGCAGCUGUACGGAAUUGCAUGCGACACGGAAAGGAUAUGGACUAGGCUUGUCGAAUGUAGUCAAUCAAAUGUGU